AUGCAAUUGCUGGCGGCUUAUCGAGAAACUUACGCCUAUAACCCGUUUUUGUCUUUCUUCCAUUCUUUGGGAAUGAUGUCGCAUUAUUCCAGUUCAGAUCGUCGAUCUGUUCAGUUACGACAGUCGAUCAAUCCCGCACGUGGAUCCGAUGGUGACGGAAUCGCAUUGGAUUCCUAUGGUUUCGGAUGCCAUGUCGAAUUUCGUUGGACCCGAAACAUGAGUUGUACACUUAUGCCCUAUCUUACUUAA